UUUCAUGACAGUUUGACAGUAAGUCAAAGUUUUAAGUAAAGGCGCAUAAUUUUGCAAUGUGAUUGUUUUCUUUAACAUUUCAAGUGAAAUUUAAUACAUUACAGUUUUAUUUAGCUGUAUAUCUUUUAAUUUUAAUAUUUAAAUAUGAAAACCCAAAAAUCUUCAGAUAACGAAGAAGUGACCCCUACAAAAAAAGUUCUAAAACAAGCUCGUUUACCGUUUAUGAUAAUAAGUGAUGUAUCACCAAAAUCUGUUACUACUCAAUCCCGAAAGCGUAAACUUUCUGUUCCUGAACCUGAGCCUGUUACAAAAGUUGGCAAGAUCAGUAAAGAAGACGAUUCGGCUCAAGAAUUAGUGGUAAUUAGUGAUGAUGAUAGCAAAGAACAUCCACAGGCUACAAAAUCAGAUAAGCAAUUAAAUCCUUACGUAAAAUUAGUAGAUUCUGCCUGGAAGAAAAAGGCGCAAAAGGCAAAGAAUGUUAAAAAGAAAAAAAUUUACACAAAAAAAUCGAAAACAAUAGCCAAUACCUCUGCAGAAAAUGAUGAAAAUACUUCUGAGCCCUCUAAUGAAAAUGGUGAUAGCAAAAAUGAUAAGGUUGAAGAAAUGGAAGUUAGCGAAUCAGAAGAAAUACACCAAGAAGUUGAAGAAAUAAAUGACGAAGCAACCAAAAAUUAUGAUGACAACGAACCUCCGAGUCCAGAAAUGGAAUAUGAAAAAGAUAAUAUCCUUAAUGUGGAAGAUUCAUGUUCAGAAGAUAUUAAAAGUCAAAACGUGGAAAAUAAUUGUAAUGAUAAAGAUUGUUCUUCUAGCAAAGAUGAAGAUAAUUUGCACGUUAACACAGAAAAGAAUGAUGAAACUUCAGAGCCAGAAAAAAAUAUAAAAGAAUUAAACAAUUCAAGUACAGUAACUCCAAAGAGAAGUCAAAGAAACCAAUCUAAAGCUGAAGACAAAAACAGCUCUAUUAUAAGUAACUGUGAUGAAUCAUUCAGCUCAAAUCCAUCGACACCUAGACGCUCAACAAGACAAGUAUCUCUCACAAAUAGCCAAGGCGAUAUAUCCUUGAAUGAAUCAAAUACAAAGAUAACUCCAAAACAACUCCAAAAGAAAUUAGAAUCAGCUAAGAAAAAGGAAGAAAGAGAAAAAGAAAAAACAGAACGGGAAAAAAAGAAACAGCAAGAGAAAGACGAGAGAGCAAGACAGAGGCAAGAAAAGGAAGAGCAGAGGAAGAGGGAGAGAGAAGAGAAAGAGGAGGCUAAGAAAAAAGAAAAGGAGGAAAAAGAGGAACAAAAAAGGAAGGAACGAGAAGAAAAAGAAAAACAAAAGGAGUUGGAGAAAAAAAUGAGAGAAGAAAAAGAAGAACAAAAGCGAAAAGAAAAGGAAGAAAAAGAAGAACAAAAAAAGAAAGAAAAAGAGGCUAGAGAAGAAGAGAAGCGGAAAAAACAAGAAGCUAUGGAACAAGAAAAAUUAGAACAAGAGCAGAAGAAAAAGAAAGCAGCAGAGGCAUUUGUUAGCUUUUUUGUGCCAAAACAAAAGGGCGAAAGGGAACAAGUGACUCUUGGAACAAUAAGUAACAAAGAUAUUUUGUCUAGUUUCACAAUAAAGUCUGAUAUGCGUUUAGCACCAACAACAAGAGUCACUCUUGAUGAAGAGAGCAGAAAAGUUUUUGAUAACUACUUAGAAGAGCAAAAUGUUCCAGAAAGUUCAUUAUAUAUUAAAAGUUUGAAAGGAUCCCAUAAGCCACAGUGUAAUGGAAAGACUUGGCCUUUGAGUGAUAGAGAUGACGAUGAUGUCAUGAUAGUUGAAGAUGAACUUCUACCAGUAGAUGGGGCUGGUGAAACUAUAGCUUGUGACAUAGUAAAGCGUGAAAAACUGCGUCCUAAAUUGUUUGCGUUCCACGAGAACAGGCGCCCGCCUUAUUGGGGCACAUGGAGGAAAAAAAGCAAAUUUAUUAAUCCAAGAAAGCCAUUUAAAGCUGAUGAGAAGCUUUUAGACUAUGAAGUCGACAGUGAUGAAGAGUGGGAAGAGGAGCAGGAGGGUGAGAGCAUAGAUGGUAGUGCAGCUGGAAGUGAUGAUGAACAAGACGCAGAUGAAUAUGAAGUUGACAAUGAGGUGUUUGUACCUCAUGGUUACUUAAGUGAUGAGGAGGCUACUAUGGAUGAAGAUGAUGUACUCUCCCUUUCGCCUGAAACACAAAAAGCGAGACUGAAACAUUUAGAAGAUGAAUUUGAGUUUGAAAUGAAGAAACCAAUGGAAAAAUUAAAACCGAGAUUAUAUGGCUUGCUAUGGGAGACAGCUGAUGGUAGCAGGCCAGAAAAUUGUGCAGAUGCAUUAUGGAAUUAUUUCGGUAAAUUGUCUAUGAUAAUGAAUGAUCCAACCCCAUUUUUGCAACCAUCAAAUGAAUCUGAAGAUACAGAUAAGAAAAAAGCUAAAAAGAAAAAGACAACUGAUGGAGAUCAAAAAAGUCCUAAAAAUGAGAAAAAGAAGAAAUCGAAAAUAGAGGACAAGGAAAUCAAAAAACCUAAAAUUGACACUAAAAAAGCAACUCAGGAUAAUAAGAAAAAUCAACCGGGCAUUAACACAUUUUUAACUAAAAUAAAAACUUGAUCAAUU